CAACGCAGGUAUGAAGAGGGUAACUUCUAUUGACACUCAUUACUUUAUCAGGCGUGAUCAUUCUUUUUUUUAUUAAAUAAUGUCAUAGAAGUAACAUGUAUAAUAAAUAAUACUAAUUACUACAUGAUUAGAAAAAAUGGUGUUACGAUUUUUAUCUUUAACCUUUUAAAAAUGAUUCUACGCAUAUUUGACCAUCAUGUGAACGGCAUUUAAAGCAUGUAAUUGUAGGAUUGAAUAAUCUGAAAUAAGAUGCGUUUGUCUGAUCGAAAGUCGAACGUGAAGUAUCGCUUCUGUAGCAAACGUCAAAGUUAAAACAAUCUUGAGGAGUUCUGCUUUUUGGAGAAAAGGUGACAUUUUGAAAUCAGUUUUAUUUAGAGAAAAAAAUAUAGUUUUAUUUGUUACUUUGGCUCUUGCAGUGGUUGUCACUGCAUUUAUACACAGCGUCGUCAUCGCACUAAUACGUGUCCAUGCGACAUUAGUUGGCUCUUCCUCUCGCGAAGUAUUACAUUAUUUUUUUAGUGGAGACCACUUCAAUGUUGUGAUUAGUUUCGCAUCCGAUUAGUCGUAUUAUAGUUGAGCGAAGACGAAAUAAACAGCCACAUUAUGUUUUGGACGAAAAAUUACGUGUCAUCACCUAAUCUAGAGGCACUCCUUGAUAAGUUGGAUGUUACUUUAUAUGAGCUGAUGGAUGAAGAUGAUAUAUUGUUGGAAUGUAAAAGCCAAAAUAAGAAACUCGUUGAAUAUCUAACUAGAUCUGAUGUAAUGGAAGAAUUAAUAACACUUACAACUAAAGAACCAUCAACAGACAUAGAAGAACGUUGCCAUUAUAAAUAUCCAAGUUUAGCUUGUGAACUGUUAACGUGUAAUAUACCAAAAUUAAAUGAAACAUUAGCAGGCAAUGAAGCACUUUUGGCAAAACUUUAUUCUUUUAUCGAUACAGAUCAACCAUUAAAUCCUCUGUUAGCAUCAUUUUUUAGUAAAACUAUUGGAGGACUCAUAGCCCACAAAACAGAUCAGAACUGGUAUUCGUAUCAGUUCACUUGUUUACAGGUUUUAGAAUUUUUGAAAAGUCGUCAAACAUUUAUUGAUUUACUUUUGCAACACUUAGAAACCUCUGCAAUUAUGGACUUAGUACUAGUAUUGGUUACUCAGGUGGAAGGCAGCGAUGUGAAGCAAAAUACACUGCAUUGGCUAGAUAGUCAACAAUUAGUGCAAAGAUUGGUAAAAUUAUUGUCUCCUAAUUCUGACUCAAGUAAACAUGCAAAUGCUGCACAAUUACUUUGUGAUAUGACAAGUGUAACGAGAGAAAAUCAACGUACAUCUACAUUACGCACUUAUGUAGAUCCUAUUUUAAAUACUCUUGAAUCACCUGAUACAGCCAGUCUGUUAUUAGAAACUAUUUUAACUGGAGAGAAACUAGAAAGUAGUAUUGUUGGGGGGAUUCAAGUACUUCUUACAUUUCUAGGCCAAAGAUCUAACAAUGCAUUAAAUGAAUGUGAUGUUCAUGGCAAUGGUACUGGAGAUGAGAUCCCAGAUAAUGAACAACGUAUAAAAAUUUCAAAUGCAACUCUACCUUAUUUAGAACGACUUCACAAGGUUUUAUUAGAUCCACCUUAUAAGCCUCCGGUUAAAACGACUGCGGGAGUACUAGAAUGUCCAUUAGGAAAUACGCGUAUACAUGUUGCAAAGUUGUUCACUGCGUUAUUAACAGUGGAAAAUGUAAAAAUUUAUGAGACCUUAGUAGAACUAGGAACAUUCCAAACAUUACUGGAUUUAUUUUUUAAAUAUAAGUGGAACAAUUUCCUACAUACUCAAGUACAAUCGUGCCUGGCUUUAGCUAUUAAUUGUGAUUUUAAUGAUGGAAAUGACAUUAUUUAUACUAAUAUAUUUAUCAAGUGCAGGUUAAUAGAUAAAAUUUUAGAAGCUUGGGACAAAAAUGAUAAUAAACAAAAUUCAGUGAAUGGAGUUAGACAGGGAUAUAUGGGUCAUUUAAUUAUUAUUGCAAAUAAUAUUGUUAAUCAGCGUAAGAAAAGCAAAAGCUUAGAUAAUUUUCUGCAGUCUAAUUUAUCGUGCGAGUGUCUUAAUGAAUGGGAAAAUCUUGUGAACACUGAUUUAGCAAAAAUUAAUGAGACUUAUCUAGUUAUUUUGGGCGAAAAGACCCCGUCGUCGGGUGAAAAUCCAGAUGAAUACAGUUCUGUUUCUCAAGAAAUGGACCAAUUUUACAACAACUAUGUGGGGCAACAUAUGACGCCAUCAUUUACUAAAAACUUCGGCUUUAACGAAAAUUUUAUGGGCAAUCAAAACGAGAUGCAGAACACGGUUGAAGAAUUGAUAACAUGGGUCGAUGGCUUAUCAGCCAGUGGAAAUUACGAGGAAAAAGAAGACGCGUUCAAUAAGAUAUGCGAAGAAAAGCAAAAAUAUGUUCUAGAAGACUGUAGUACAGGAGCAGAAUGGGGCGACGAAGGUGAUCUUACUUUUCAGACUGUAGUGGAUAGGCAAGAUUGGCGCGAUUUGCAACAGCAACACAGUGAUUCCAAUUCAUCCGACGAAGAUGAUGAACCUUGGGAUUCACUGAACACUGAAUUGUCUACUGACAAUACACUUCCUGAAGUGAAUCCAUGGGAAAGUGCACCGGCAGAGACAGUAAUUAAUUCUACUGGUUGGGCAAAUUUUGAUAACAAAUUAUGUGGUACAACCGAGAAAGAAACUCAGAAUGCAACCAUGGGUUCAAGUCAAGAGGAAACCGUAGCAGAAAGUCAACAGACGGUAAAAGCUAAUGAAACUGACCACGUGAAAGUUGAAGAUACUUCAGUCACAAAUACGAAUGUGAAUCAUGAGAGCAAUGAGGAGGAGAAAUUGUAUUCCGCUCGUGCUGCUGAUAGGAACGCGAAUCCAAGUGAAAUUUCUGACAGCAGGGAAGCCUUAAAAGAAGAAAAUACAACAAAUACGGAUGUCAUAUCUACCACAGUACACAGUGAGGAAUCCUCGAACGAUAAUAAAGUUUCAUGUAGUUUAAACAACGCGACAUCGGAAGCAUUGUUGCCAUCAAAUGAUGCCAAAUAUCCGGGCGAUUUCGAAUCGGUCUCGCGUUCGAGAACGAUGGAGAAGAAGAAGCAUUCGCCUAUGAUUACGUCCCCGGAAACCGUAAUACACGCGAAUCUUCUAACACCGACGGGUCAGCGACUUACCCCUACAGGGAAAAUCAGCCAUGCUAAAACGCGUGUUUAUACGCAGAGAUAUCGAAAAGAAUGGGAACAAAUGCCCGAUUUCAAAGGAUGGUUAACGUAUGUGCCCCUCCAAGCAACACGUGCUUAUUGCAUGUAUUGCAAGAAAAAUUUACAUGCGCACAGACUUUCAUUAUUGAAACACACAUGUACUAUGAAACAUCAGCGAGCAGCUUUAUUACACGAAGCAGAAGAAAAGAAGAAGGCUCUCACCCAAAAGUUAAAUGGAGAGGAGGAAGUUGAAGUGGAAAUUGGUGAAAUUGAUGCACCCGAAAGUGUCCAAGUUGAAGUAGAAGAAAAUGACGAAGAAGUGGAGUAUGUUGUUGAAAGAUUAGAAACAGACGAUGAGCUGGACGAAUCGCAAAUCAAAGACCCAAACGACGAUGGUGAUGAAGUUGAAGAAGAAGAAGAGGAAGAAGAAGAAGAUGUAUCAAAUUUACAAAUGCCUAUGGACGAUGAUGAUGUUAAGAGUUCUAUAAAAAAAAUUAAGAUAGAGAGAGCAGACAAUUCCGAAGAUCCUUUAGCAGAAGCAAUGGAUCACAUGCAAAGUGAAUAUUUAGAAGAGCCGGAGAAUCAAGGAGAUGUGCAGAUGGAAAUGGUGGUGGAAUCGGAAGAUCAAGCCAAUUCUGAUAUUCAAGUUGUCACAAUUCUUCCGGAUGGAGAAGAUUCUAACAAAGAAUCUCCGAAGGAUUCACGCGAGAAUGGGAAAACAAUUCGGCGGGGCGAAAGUAAAACGGACAGGAAGUCUUCAAAGUUAUUGCAAGACGGAAAGCAGCAAGGAGAUUCGGAAAUAAUGGUGGCGUGUCCGUUACCUAUCUUAGGUACGGCUUAUCAAAUAAAUUCUUCGGUUACUUCUCCUCCUAACACGAUAGGAGUUCUUCAACCCGUGAAUACCAUUCCCAUUGCACCUGCGCAAAGUAAAACGAUUACUCUAACGUCGGGUGGCAAAACUUUAACUUUAACAGGUGGUACAUUCCAACCUGGUACUCAGUAUGUUCUGAGUAAAUUCAAGAAUAAAAUUCCUACGUUGGUAUUAGCUGAUAGGAAAACUGCAAUUGCAGCUAAUCAAACGGAAGACGCGCCCAAAGGCGUUUCAGUGAACAAGGACCAAAUGGCUGUGGCGGGUACCAGUUAUCAAAGUCCGAAGAAGCAUGUUCUUGUGAAGACUGUUAAAUCAUCGGUAUCGAAGAAGCCUCGAAUUUCUACGCAUGUUGUGGAUACAAGUAAAGGACUGCCUGUUGGAGGAUUGCAAGUCAGUUUGUACAAACUCAUGGAUGGCCGAUGGACGUUUUUAAAUGAAAGUAACACUUUCCCAAACGGUCGUUGCCUAGACUUAGUGGACAAUAUGAAAGCUAAUUUCACAGCUGGACGUUACAAGAUUCAUUUCGACGUGGACAAAUACUUUACAUUGAGAAGAAUAGAAACGAUGUAUCCGUUCAUUGAAAUUGUUUUCGACGUUAAGGAUCCUGCUGCACAUUAUCACAUACCAGUGUUGUUAAGUCCAUUCGGUUACUCCACUUACCGUGGUUCCGAGAGCUGAAUACUAAUGAACACGCAGUGUUGGUUAAUUCUUCUGAGAAACAGUUGUGUUAUAAAAAUGUCCGAUUUCGUGAUAAUAAA